AUGGCCGGCAACAAUCCCACUCAGAUCUUUGCCGAAGACGUGCAGGAAGAAAAAGGCGAAAAUGCGCGUCUCUCCGCCUUCGUCGGCGCCAUCGCGGUGGGCGACCUGGUCAAAUCCACCCUCGGACCCAAAGGCAUGGACAAAAUCCUGCAGUCCGCCUCAACAGGCGAAAUUAUGGUGACGAACGACGGGGCUACCAUCCUCAAGUCAAUUGCCCUCGACAACGCCGCCGCUAAAGUCCUCGUCAAUAUUUCCAAAGUGCAAGACGACGAAGUAGGCGACGGCACCACCUCCGUCACGGUUCUGGCGGCUGAACUCCUGCGCGAAGCGGAACAGCUUGUCGCAAAGAAAAUACACCCGCAGACCAUCAUUGAAGGCUACCGGCUGGCCUCCCAUGCUGCUCUGCAAGCGCUGGAAGCCUCAGCCCUGAACCAUGCUUCCAAACCCGAUCUCCUCCGCCGCGAUCUAUCUGCCAUUGCCCGCACAACUCUCUCCUCCAAAGUCCUAUCCCAAGAUCGUGACCAGUUUGCUUCGCUUGCGGUUGACGCCGUCCUUCGCCUCCAGGGCAGCUUCGAUUUGAACCACAUUCAGGUCAUCAAGAAAGCUGGUGGCAAGCUAUCCGAUUCCUAUCUUUCUGAAGGCUUCAUUCUUGAUAAGCAGAUCAGUUCCGCCUCGCCACGCAACCUCACAAAUGCCAAGAUCCUCAUCGCAAACACGCCUAUGGACACAGAUAAGGUGAAAAUCUUCGGUGCGCGCGUCAAAGUAGAUUCUACCAGCAAACUCGCCGAACUUGAAAAGGCCGAGCGGGAAAAGAUGCGUGAAAAAGUCCAGCGCAUCAAAGCACACGGCAUCAACUGCUUUAUCAACCGCCAGCUGAUCUACAACUGGCCAGAGCAGCUCCUGGCUGAGGCCGGGAUUAUGAGCAUCGAGCACGCCGACUUUGACGGCAUCGAGCGUCUAGCCCUUGUCACCGGUGGCGAGAUUGCGUCCACCUUUGACCACCCCGAGCUUGUCAAGCUGGGACAAUGUGCUGAAAUCAACGAAGUCAUUAUUGGCGAGGAUACAUUAAUCAGAUUUUCGGGCGUAGCGGCCGGACAGGCGUGCACCAUCGUCCUUCGCGGUGCGACCGAACAAUUGCUCGACGAAGCCGAGCGCUCCUUACACGACGCCCUCGCGGUCCUCUCCCAAACCGUCAAGGACCCCCGCACCACGUUGGGCGGCGGCUGCGCGGAGAUGGUCAUGGCCAAGGCGGUCGAUAGCCUCGCGCAAAAGAUUCCCGGAAAGAAGCGGCUGGCCGUCGACAGCUUUGCCACUGCAUUACGCCAGUUACCCACUAUUCUGGCCGAUAACGCCGGCUUGGACUCGUCUGCCCUGGUGUCAGAGCUGCGGUCCGAGGUCUACCGCGGCAUGAGCACCAGCGGUCUGGACCUGCUGCGGCCCGGCGGCGGCAUCGCCGACAUGCGCGAAUUGGGCGUUGUCGAGAGCUACAAGCUUAAGAAGGCGGUCGUCAACAGCGCCAGUGAGGCCGCCGAGCUGCUGCUACGUGUCGACAAUAUCAUCAGAAGCGCACCACGUCGGCGGGAACGUAUGUAA